UUGGUGGAGUGUUUUCGGACCCUGUGUGAAAUAUACUGAAAUCAGGUUUUCUAUCUUCAGUUGAAAAACGACAUGAAAUUUAUAAAAAUAAGCAAUCUAGAAUUUAGUUUUUAAUAAUUACUAUAAGUUUAUUAUCUAGUGGAAAAUCGAAUCAAUAAAAACACGUCAAAUUUCAAUAUCCGUAUUUUACAGAAUAAACAGUGGUGGUUCCUUUAAUUUGUCUCAGAACGUUUCAUAAAUACAGAUUUGGUGUUAUCGCUUAUUAAUUCGACUGCUUAAUGUGUAAUUAGUGUUACAAUGGACUUCGAUGUCAGUAAAGAAAACAUACAACCUUUGAGAGGAGGCAGAAAUUUCGUGCAGCUGGGGACUGCAUUGCAAGCACAAUCGGAUGUUGAUGCUCAAAGGCAGUUGCAAAAUCAGAAGGAGGAGCAUGAGGCUGCAAUCAAGUAUUAUCAGGGUCCUGAUCCAUUGGAGCCGUGGUUCAAUUAUAUCCAAUGGGUAGAACAGUCUUUUCCUAAGCAUGGACACGAGGGGCAUUUAGACAAAUUAAUUAAAGAUUGUUUGCAAUUAUUCGAAAAGAAUGAGCACUAUUUUCAAGAUAGAAGAUUUGUGAAGCUCUGGAUUAAAUAUGUGGAUAAUCUACCUAAUCCAACGGAGAUGUAUCAGAGGUUGUAUAACACCGGUAUUGGUGUAGAGUGUUCAGAAUUCUAUCGAGCAUGGGCUUGCUACUGUGAGGAGUCAGGAGACUAUAAAAAGGCUAAUCAGGUGUAUAUGCUUGGACUGCAGGCUAAAGCUCAGCCCAUGGAUGAGCUUGAACAAGCACACAUGAAUUUCCAGUUGUUUUUUGCUCAGAGGAUGUUACAUGAUGAUUCUCCUACAAAAAGAAAAGCUGCUUCAGCAUUAGCUGAGACUAGGAUGGCAUUAACAUCACUCAAGUCAUUCAAGCGACGGAAUAUAGCAAAUGUGCCAGUACAGAGGGUGGGAGAGAGUGUGAAAAGCUCGGUUCCCGGGGUUGUGAGACAACAGGGUAGCAGACAACCUAAUUCUAAUGUUAUGGUCAAUGUUUAUCAGGAUGCACCAUCGACUUCGCAAGGUUUUCAAGUGGCUGAAGACCCGGGGCCUGCGUCAUUGGUGCAGCCGACCAGUAACAUUGAGAAUGAGAAGGAGGUUGGCAUAUGGACCAACCCCAAAACGAAAAUGGUCCACUCAAAUGUUGUUCCUCAUCAACCACUGCCUUUUACGCCCUACGAGGAUGCAGAUGAUGAACUGAAGCUGCCGUCGAACCACAUGCCUUAUUGUCUGGACGAUUUAGUAAUUAAUGUGCCUCUAUGUGUACCUGAUCCUGUAGAUUCAACUAAAAUCCCUUGUUAUAAUAAAGCACAGGUUUACGUUAGCGACAAAGAGUAUAGUUUAGAAGAAAUUAGGUCACGUAAAUAUAAUUUAGAAAGAAAAACAAAUUCCGAAACUGUAGAAAUAAAAAACGAGAAUGUUAAUCAUUAUAACGAACAGAAAUCCUUCAAUGAAACGCUAGCUCAGUGUAGUGCGUUGGAGACGCUAGCGAAUUGUGCUUUAGACACUGAACAAGAUCAUAUGGCUCAACUCAUGCCGUUGACUAUACCGACUCUUCAGAACAUAACGAAGGUAACCAACAUGCAUUCACCUGGAGAACCGAAGGUGCUGGUUAACUUGGACUCGAAAGAACUCAGCGACUAUGCGUCAAAGAAGGAAGACGGUAAACAAAACAGUUAUAUGCUGGAUAAAGAGAAUCAUAUACAAGUUACAUCAGCAACGGAACAGCAAGCCAAUUAUGGGAAGAAUCAUCUAGUAGAGGACUUCAAUCGGAGUUUAAUGAAUAAUUUAUUAGGAGACUCAGUUACUGUAAAUACGAAGGAGGCAAGAUGGGAGUUACGCAACAUUUUCAAUGACAACGAAGCUUCAAUGGUGCAACCAGUCGUUCAACAAUUUGAGGUGCGGCAAUUCGAUAUUCACGAAGACCAUUCUAUGACCAUGGCAAUGAAUGUGAAGAAAAACUAUGAAGUACCGGAACCGAGAGCACUUCCCGAAGACAAGGAAAACGCAAAAAACUUCAACUCUCCUGUUGCUCCCCUUCCACAACAGAUGAACAAAACAGCUUGCAUAGAUGAGGAGCCGUCCUGCACGCAAAUAUUCAACUUCAACAUCAAAGGGGGGACCAGCACUCCUAACAUGGCUCAGUUCAAGAAACCCAACAACGUUGAUCAGUCCAAGCUCUCCGUACCAAAGUUCUCGGUGGAUGAGAGCAUGAUUGACCAGACUUACCAGCCAACGAGGGAGGAGUCGAGACAGACACAUGCGACUGUGGACCAUCAUGGUGCGGGCUUGUCUAUGAUCAUGGAGGCGACUAGGGAGUAUAACAGCAAAUCUGGUUCAAGUUCGUCUGGACAGUCGAGGACAAGUGUCACAGGUUACACAACCAAUUUUGAUUCCAUGUACAACAACCACGAUCCACAAUACACAGCGUCCAAACGAAACUCUGUAUCGGCGCAGAGGCAUCCCAACCCCCAUCUAGCCAGGGGUUACCCUCAGAAACACGAGGAAAAACCACCAGCAUAUCACAACCACGAUCACCAGUACCAAAAAUCAGUGCCACCAAACUACGGCGGUUACUCCCCUCAAAGGUUACACUCGCCUCACUACCAACAAAACUACAGCUUUCAAGGUCACCCCAACCAGAUGAUGCAUCAGCAACCGGGUUUUAGCAGUCCCAACGCGUACCAAAGCCCCCAACAUCCCAGUAUGCAGCCCCACGAUAACCCCCAAGUGCCCUGUGGGUUUCAGAGUCCCAACUACAAUAACGUGGGUUACCACAGUCCCGGGCACAUGAUGAGUCCCCAACAAUUUCCAGGUCGCCAGGAGUACUACAAUCAGUCCGAGCGACCCCAAGCGUAUACUCAACCCCAGAUGUUCCAAAGUCCCCCGCACCAAGCUCAAUACCAUCAUCAGUAUUCUCAAUACCCUAGGCCCAAUCAACCCUCACCCGCUCCCAACCACAAUCAACACUACAUGAACGUACAGAAUCAGUAUAGCAACGCCAAUAUGUAUGCGCACGCGAGUAGUCCGAACUAUGUACAAAGUCCGUACAGGCAGGCGCCUAAACCAAUGGAGAAUUCCCCCUAUGGAGCACAGAAUCAGCCUUUCCAAAUUUAUCAAAGCCCGCAGAACAGUUACCAUGCGGGCGUUCCCAAUGCCAGUCAGGAAACCCAGGAGGCACAAAAGCAUGACACGAGUAAACCUCCAAACCACGAUUCGAGUGAGGCAGCGAAGAACAGGUCAUUAAACGCCAGUGCCCAGUCCAAAAACGCGACAGUCAACAAAAGCGCUAACAACUCCCUAAGGAACGUCAGACACGAUCAGCCCCAACCUAAAAUGGGACAAAGCGCGGAAGUAGGGUUCUCAAGUCAGUUCGUCAACUUCAUAACGAACAGGAAUGAGCCUAAAGACAACGCGAAUACACCGAAAUUCACAAACAGCCCUAGCAUAUCCCAGAAAAUGCAUAAAAACCUCUAUGUGUCUAGCCCCGAACAAGCACAAGGUCCGCCUUCCUCUGGACUUUCGGACUCCGACAGCAAAGAUGGCAUGACUGCACAAACUGCCACGCCAAUACAGUCAGCGAAAGUCCACGUAGAAAAGAACAAGGACAUUUCCAAACGGCAGCUAGACUUCGACCAUAGACUCGAAAUGCAGUCCGAAGACAGUAGAGACUCGGUCGGUAAAGAGAGUAAAAUAUCGUCAGUGUACUCCAGACAAUCCGACUUUCAAGACGGAUACGGUAUGGAUGUUGACAGCGAAAAUUCUAUGGAAAGUAGCGCUUUUAAAUCUACUCACUCUAUCUCGUUGGUAGAGACUAGCGAAAUACCUAGACCGGCUGACAUUGAUUUUCCAUCUGUGAUCGAUCCGUUCAACAAGAAAAUCAUAUCCUCGCUGCUAGAAUAUGUUAAGUUCCCGAAUAAAACACAUGCAGAGGGCUACGCGGAGGUUAGGUCUAUCCCAAAACUUCAGUUAGCGACUGUCAUGAGUUUCGGUCACAUGAAGUUUUCGAUAGACAAGCAGCUCGGGAAGGGCAAUUAUGGCGCAGUGUUCUUAUGCCAGGAGGUACAUAGCAACAAAGCAGUGGCUGUGAAAUAUCAGAAACCGAGUCGUCCAUGGGAGUUCUAUAUUUGUCAGGAAAUUAAAGCGAGAAUCAAAGAUCCCUUCAUGCUCCCAGGUUACAUGGACAUAACCACAGCUAUUAUAGCCGAUAACGCAAGCUUAUUCGUAUCAGAGUAUUCAAAAUACGGAUCAUUGUUAGAUGUUGCCAAUAAAAUUAAAAUAGCUACCACAAAAUGUAUUAACGAAUUCAUAGUUAUAUUGUUAACUUCUGAAAUGCUUUCGAUAGUUCAUUAUCUUCACAAAGCACAGAUUAUCCACGCUGAUAUCAAACCUGAUAAUUUUCUACUUAUGAAAAUACCCGCAGAAGAGUGGCGAACUCCAUCGUUACAACUAAUUGACUUUGGAUGUGCAAUUGACAUGUCGCUGUUCCCGAAAGAAACGACGUUUAGAGAGCUUAUUGCAACAGAAGGAUUCACAUGUACAGAGAUGAAAGAGGGCAAACCCUGGACAUAUCAGACAGACCUGUACUGCUUAGCAGGAACAAUCUAUGUAAUAUUAAUGGGUAACUACAUGAAAGUAGCCAAUCGCCUUGGACAGUGGAACAUAGACAAGAAAUUACCUAGGUACAUGAAGAAUACAUUAUGGGACAAAAUAUUUACAACAUUAUUAAAUGUACGAGACUGCAACAAUUUACCUGACCUAAUGGAUCUCAAGGGCGAGGUAGACAGUGUAUUAAAUCAAAUUGACAAUUUAGGUUUCCAUCUCCGCAAUUUUGCUAAUGUGCUUAAAUCUAGGUAAAAUAAAUUGCCCAGCUCGUAUUUAUUGCAUUUAGAUGUUUAUUGUGACUGUAAAAAUAGAAUAUGUAUUAUUAAUAUAAAAUUAUAAUUUAUGGUGUCCCAUGGACUGAUGACUUUCUAUUGACCGAUUGUUUGGUUGGUGAGUUAGUCUGAACAUGUGUAAAAGUAUAUUUAUACUUUUCAUGACGAAACUCCCCAGAAUCGACAAACGACUAAAAGAAAACCUUUGGUUCAAUGAAUAGGACUCUUAAAUGAAUUUGGCUAACAGAUGUCACAUUAAAUAGCAAUACCAACAUUGAAAUGCUAAAUUAUUAUCCGAUUUAACUUAACUUUAGUUACAAAUGUGAUAUUGUAAGUGGUUUUAUGUUAGACAAUAUAAUAUUUAGUCUAUCUUGAGUGCUUUUCCACUAUGCUUAUAAAGAAAAUGGGCAAAUAUAGACAAAAAAUGUUUGUACAGUUGUUUGUUAGUCGGACAAAAUUGUGUAACAAAUUUUGAUUUUGUGACAACCUGUGGGGUAGUGGAGGGCUCUCAAUCUUGUCUCAUUAGCUUAAUGUUGGAAUACAUUAGGUUUCAUUUAUUUUUGUACAACUUAAGAUAUGCACACUUCAUUCUUGUUUGAAUUGUAAUAAAAUAACAAUUAUGUGGUUAA